AUGGCUGAAUUCUCCAAGCACCCUUUCCUCCUCUCCGUUGAUGAGACCGCUCAUGCUCUGCAAACAGACAUUGACAAGGGUCUCACGUCGGUGCAGGUGGCCCAGCUUCAGCAAAAAUACCCCAAAAAUGAACUCGACGUCGGUGGUACCAUUCCCUGGUACAGCAUAUUGACGAAACAGGUUCUCAACGCCAUGAUUAUCGUCCUUGUUUUCGCAAUGGCGCUAAGCUUUGGCAUCAAAGACUACAUUGAAGGCGGCGUGCUCGCCUUUGUCAUUUUCCUCAACGUCACCAUUGGCUUCUGGCAGGAGUAUCGCGCCGAAAAGCGCAUGGAUGCUCUACGAGCCCUCUCCUCCCCCAGUGCCAUGGUCCUCCGAGACGGCAAGACCCAGGUCAUUUCCAAGUAA